GGACAAUGGGUUAAGUUUUUUUUUUUUUUUUUUUGUUGUACAAAGACGAGAAGAAUUUUAGGCGAAGUAAAGCUAAAAACGAUUCAGAAGCAACCUAGCCCAACGGCGAGUUUCUCUCUUCAGGUGGCAAUUGUUUGAUGAUUGUAGUAUAAUUUUGACGUCCUGGAGAAGUUUCAUGUCUUCAAAGAUUGGCUGCUUUAAAACGUCCUGUGUUAAUAUUUCUCCCUCCUAAGUAGCCUGCAGUAAUUAACAUUAAAAGUUCUGAGAAGCAAUACAAUAGCACGGAGGAUGAAACUAUGCAAAGAUAUAAGCUGAAAACCAUUGGAAUCCCGGAACAUAAUUUUGUCUGUUGUGGACAAUGAUGAGGGAGAGCAACCAUUGAACAGGGGAGGGAUUCACCGAAAGGGGGCUUGAGAUCUUUGUUGAAGAGAGGGAGAAACAUUGCUUAGAAGAAGUUGAGAAUUAUUUGAGUAAUUUUUGAGAUUAUCUUUUUUUUUUGAUAAAAAACCACCCUAAGAUCAACCUCAUUUUAUUGCAUCAUUUUGUUGAACAGGGUUGCAUCAUUUUGUUUGAGAUUAUCUUAAUCACCAUAAAAGGGGCAUAAAUUAGUGCCUUUGAAAAUGAGAUUGUUUCUUUGAAGGCAACUGACUUGACUUUUACUCAGAACUUCAGCAUUUUAAUCCUUUUAUGAAAUGAAGCUUAGAGGAGAUCAUCAGUUUUCAUGGAGGAUUUUGAAAAUAGUACUAAAAAUAUUAGGCAUUAAAUUAAUCUUAAGAGGAAAAAUCUCGAGAACCAUCAGUCUUUAAUAAUUUUUUAUAAAAAUACAUUAAAAGUUUUAUAAGUAAAAAUAUUUGAGAGAGAGAGUGAAAUAUGAUGUAAAAGUAGAAGAACCAUAUUGAAUUGUCGGAGUUUGGGUUAUUCUAAUUAUUAACUACCAAACCGGCUAUAACCCUAAACCACUGAACCCGACGGAGAAGAAGCCCUAGGAAUUUCAAUCGGGUAAAGUCUCCGGCUUUGCUUCUCAAACUUAAGAUCUGAAGAUCCAAUGGAGAAAGAACAAUCAGCAGGAGGCGAUAUAUCAUCAACCCAAGCUGUUUUACUUGGAGCUAUAGCUCCUGGUGUCAACGGUCCUACAUGGAGUACUCUAAAAUUAACGUUUUUGAUGUUAGGUCUUUGCCUUGCUCUCAUGUUGGGUUUAGCAUUCUCCUCUACUGAUUUCUCCUUGAUUCUUCAUGUUGCUUUCCUUGUUCUCAUUGCCAUCACCCUCUUCUUGCUUCUUAACUGGUUUCUUGAACAGACCGGUUUGGUUUCUGUUGAGCGCCAAAUGCAAGAGAUGGACUUAAUACCGAAUAAUCGUAAGAGAGAAUGAACAAGAAUCGAUUUAACAGAAUGAACUGAGUUUUCUUUUUCUUAACUUUUGAAUUGCAUUACGGGUGAAGAUGUCAUCAAACACAAGGAAAGGUGGAGGGUUUGAGAAUGAGAUGGCAUUUCUAAGAAAACAUGUUAAAGAGAAGUGUUAGCAAAUCAUGUUGCUUCAUUUUUCUUUCCCGGGAAUCACGUCGGGGACGCCGAUCAUUAGUCGCUCUUUGCUUCCUUCUCCUUAUGUUUGCUCUUCUUGGCCCUGAUGAAGCAGAAGCAUGAGCAGCAUGGGAGUUGAAGCAAAAACUUCAUAUUUCUUGUACUGAUGAUUCAUUUGCAAAAAUUGAGACUUAUAUAGAACUCCAAUCUUAGUUUUCUUGUAAGGAUUAAAUAUAUUCUAAUAUGGAUGCCAUUACUGAGGUAGGAUUCCUAACUUAUCAAUGACAUAUUCAUAGUCAUUGGAUGUCUUAUGCUUCUUUGUGUGGGUCAUGUUAGGGCUUUUUCUCCUCCUUUUCCCCCAAAUGAAUAAAAAGCCCAUGCUUUUUUGUUAUUUUCCUUGGCAAAAUAAAAGACAUGUUUUGGAAAGGAACACAAAGAA